UCCCAGUGUAAAACUCUCUCUGGCGUCUGUGAUCACAUUAUCUCGCUCUCUUCUGAUCCGCUGGUUUCCCAGUCUGCUCACCUUGAAGUGAUCCAGCUUACAAACAUCAAGCCAAGUGAAGGGCUGGGUAUGUACAUUAAAUCAACAUAUGAUGGUCUCCAUGUAAUUACUGGAACAACAGAAAAUUCACCUGCAGAUCGGUGCAAGAAAAUCCAUGCUGGGGAUGAAGUGAUUCAAGUUAACCACCAAACUGUGGUGGGGUGGCAGUUGAAAAAUUUGGUGAAUGCACUACGAGAGGAUCCGAGUGGUGUUAUCUUAACUUUGAAAAAGCGACCUCAGAGCAUGCUUACCUCAGCACCAGCUUUACUGAAAAAUAUGAGAUGGAAGCCCCUUGCUCUGCAGCCUCUUAUUCCUAGAAGCCCUACAAGCAGUGUUGCUACGCCAUCCAGCACUAUCAGCACACCUACAAAAAGAGACAGCUCUGCCCUUCAGGAUCUCUACAUACCCCCUCCUCCAACAGAACCUUAUGUUCCAAGGGAUGAAAAGGGAAAUCUCCCAUGUGAUGAUGUUGGCAGACAUAUAGUGGGCAAGCCAGUUCAUACAGGAUCCGAAUCUCCAAACUCAUUUCUUGACCAGGAAUAUCGGAAACGCUUUAAUGUGGUUGAAGAAGAUGCAGUUUUAUACUGCUAUGAAUAUGAGAAAGGAAGAACAAGUGGUCCUGGAAGGAGAGAGAGCACACCAACUUAUGGGAAACUAAGGCCUAUUUCUAUGCCAGUAGAAUAUAACUGGGUGGGGGAUUAUGAAGACCCCAAUAAAAUAAAAAGAGAUAGUAGGAGAGAAAAUUCAUUGCUUCGCUAUAUGAGCAAUGAGAAAAUAGGUCAAGAAGACUACAUGUUUCAAAGGAAUAGCAAAAAGGAUACUGGGAAAAAGUCCAAAAAGAAGGGAGACAAGAGUAGUAGUCCAAGUCAUUACUCACUGUUGCCUAGUUUACAAAUGGACUCAUUGAGACAAGAAGUCAUGGGCACACCUGGACCAGAAACUGCUUUGUACCAC